ACACUUCAGGUGCUUCGGAAGUCAGUUCAGCUCGGUCUUUUAGCGUCAAAAAGUAUUUAUUUCAGAAUGGAUCAUUGAGAUUAAGGCAUUUAGUUUGAGUUUUUUUGUGGUUGUUAAAGGUUUUUGGAUUGAAGUCAAGCCUCCUGAGUGGCUUUUGUGGACGUCAGACAUGGAGGAAACCUGUGACAUUUAUGAUGCGUACGACUCCAACACCUCUCCCUCCUGGGAAGACCACCAGCCUGAGCAUCUGGAGAAUCUGGAGGAAGUGGAAGCCCUCAGGAGAAAGAUCAAAUAUUACUUCAUGAACCCCUGUGAGAAAUACCACGCUCGUGGAAGAAAACCAUGGAAGCUCCUGCUACAGAUCGUCAAGAUUGGUAUCAUUACCAUCCAAUUGGUGUCUUUUGGACUGAGCAACCAAAUGGUUGUGGAGUUCAAAGAAGAAAACCUGAUGACGUUCAGACACCUCUUUCUGAAAGAUUACGUUGAUGUAGACAAAGAGAUGUACGCUAUUUACAGACAGGCAGAUGUUUAUGACCACAUAGAGUACAUAAUCACACAGUUUGGACUUUUGCACAACAACACGGUCGGCAAUCACGAAUACGAGAAAAACGGCACCGUUUACACGCCUCUGCGGCUGUGUCAGGAGUUCUACAGAAAUGGGAGCAUCUACCCCGGGAGUGAGACCUUUGAGAUCGACGCUCACGUGGACUCUGAAUGCCUCGACAUUCAUCCCAUGGAUACCACAUCGCCAAAGGACAUCUUCCAACACUUCAAAGUGCAUUUCAAAAGGUUGCUCUCCGUGAAGAUCGUCUUCGUUCUGAAGGCCAUAAACUUGCAGACUGUGAGGCACAGAGAGCUGCCAGACUGCUAUGACUUCACGGUUUUUAUUACUUUUGAUAACGAAGCUCACAGUGGCAGGAUAGCAGUCCAGCUGGAAAACGAUGUGGAAAUCAAAGAAUGCCGGGACUGGAAAGUGACGGGAGCCGCUGGAAAAAGUAUUUACCUGACAGUGGUGUUCGACUGCCUCAUCAUUGUAACCUGCGUCGUCUCCUUGGCUCUGUGCACACGCUCAGUGAUUAAAGGAAUUAAGCUGAUGCUGGAGUAUAGCCGCUUCUGUGGCAGAUGCUGCGGCAAAGAGGUUCCAUGGUCAGACAAGCUGGACUUUGUGAGCGGCUGGUACAUCCUCAUCAUCGUCAGUGACACGCUCACCAUCACAGGUUCCAUUCUCAAGAUAGAAAUCCAGACAAAGGUCCUCACGAGUUACGACGUGUGCAGCAUCUUCCUCGGCCUCGGCACCAUGUUUGUCUGGAUCGGUGUGAUCAGAUAUAUGGGUUACUUCAGGAAGUAUAAUAUUCUGCUCCUGACACUCAGGGCAGCUUUUCCCAACGUGAUCCGUUUCAUCUGCUGUGCCGGAAUCAUCUACCUGAGUUACUGUUUUUGCGGCUGGAUUGUGCUGGGCCCGUAUCACGAGAAGUUCCGGAGCUUGAACACGGUGUCGGAGUGUCUCUUCUCCCUGAUCAACGGAGACGACAUGUUUCCCACUUUCAAGAACAUGCAGCAGAAGAACAACCUGGUGUGGAUCUUCAGCAGAGUCUACCUCUACACCUUUGUGUCGCUCUUCAUAUACAUGAUCCUCAGCCUCUUCAUCACCAUCAUCACCGACACAUACGACACAAUCAAGCACCAGCAGCAGAGUGGAAACCCAACAUCCGACCUGCAGAAGUUCCUGUCGGUUUGCACAGAUCUACCAAAAUCUGGAGUUUACAGACUUAAGAAAAGCAAAAGCUGCCUCAUUAACUGCUGCAUCAACAGAUGGAAAAGGAGUCAAGAAAGACUCACUUCUGAGGCAUGAAAGGUUUGAGGGAGUCCAGGACUUUUGAUUUGCACAUCUUUCUGUGUGGAAAGAAGACUCAACUCAAAAAUCUAAAAAUCCUUCCUCGGAGCUGACCUUAUAAUGAUGCACAGAAUGCAGAAAAUAUAUUUACACACAGAUGAGAUGUUUGGCACAUUUGAAAUGACUGUUUUAUGAAGUUUACAUGCUGAUGUGGGGCGUCCUGCAUUCAGCACAGUGUCCAUCUUUGAUGGGCUUUUAGUGAAGGAAAUGAUUUAAUAUAUAUGAAUAUUUUUAAAAGAUCUUAAUAGGAAAAAAUCUCACAGGAGCUGCUCUUUUAAAGAGUUUUGAAAUACAUGAAAAUGCAGAGAUUGCAACACUUUUACUUCCAGUUAAAACAGAAAAAAAAUGAAACAGCAAAUCAACCCAAAUUCUCUCUGGUGUAAACAUUUCCCACAGUUUGAAUAGAAAAAUCAACUUCAGGGAUAAUUUUUAAAAAAAAAUUUUAAAUUUGGCAUUGAUGCACGAAUACGUUCUUUGAACUCGUAUGUGAUCUAUAAUUCCUACAGCUGUUCAGUUGGUUUGUUCCAUGUUCUUUUUUUAAUUUAACGGCAAAUUCUAUUACAUAAAAUAUCAGCCGAUCCAAUUUCAUCAUUUCCUGCAUAUGGGUCUCAGUUCAAGUUGCCCUGCUCUAAUAAAUAGGUUGAAAUCUCCUGAGAAUUCAUGAUUGUCACUGUAAAAGCUAAAAGUUUGUUUUCCCAAAAACACAUCACCUUUAAAAUGUUCUUCCAGUUGAAAAAUAUGAACUUCUUUCAGUUCAGUUCAGUUCAGCCUUUCAGCCUUUAAAUCUCAAGGAGGUUUAAAUACCCAGACAUGGCUCUCCGGCUGAAGCGGAUGCUGCCCUUUAUUUCCCCCGAGGAGGUUUGUCGUUUAAACUCUGCAAUAAGUCACUGCUGGACAGUUUUAGGCUCAGCUCCAAAAAAAAAAAAAAAAAAAAA